GGACGGAGCUUCCGGUUACCCGGUUACCAGGCCGCCGGGAGGAGGAAGUGCGCGCUUCUGGCUGUCGGCGAGGCGGCCGCAGACACUCUGCAGCUCAGGGUUAGACCCGUCCCUCCGGGGCCGGGGCCGGAGAGCCCGAGGAGCGCCGGCUGCCUCUGCUGGCGGGACCCAAAGGGGAACGCAACGUGGAAGUGUGGCAGGUUUAUGCAACUGUUACAUUCUCGCGGUUUUCUAAGAAAAAGGAGUCAUAUACAUAGUUACACAGGAUGGAGGGUACAGUACAUUUUGUGCUGUCCUGCUCUGCCCUUUCACCUUAGAAUUUCAAAAGCUUCCUGAGCUCCCGCUGUUCUUUUUCCCCAUGAAGAUCCAUGAGACACUCCUCAGGAUCACCUAAGUGGGUCGCAGCAUCCUGAGCACUAGGUCAUGGUGGAGAUGCCAGAAUGAGAAGGCGCAAGAAUCCUGGUCCCCGUCGACCAGCCGCCCUGGUGACCCGCGCUAGGCCCAGGACAGGGACCUCUGUGCCCACAGUUGCCUCCACUCCCACCACUCCCACCCUGCUUCACCCACAGAGGCCCCCAACUGAAGUUGGUGUGACCUUUGAGGAUGUCGCCGUGUUCUUCUCCAAGAAGGAAUGGUGCCUCCUUGAUGAGGCUCAGAGACACCUGUACCUCGAAGUGAUGCUGGAGAACUAUGACCUCAUCUCCUCUCUAGGUUGCUGCUGUGGAGCAGAAGAUGUGGCGGCACCCACUGAACAGCAUGUUUCUGUGAGAGUGUCACAGGCAAAGAAUCCCAAUGUAGCUUUGUCCUCUCAGAAGAGCCACCCCUGUGAGAGUUGUGGGCCAGUCCUGAGAGACAUUUUCUCUUUGGUUGAGAAGCAGGAAACACAGCAGAGCCAGAAACUGUUGAGGUGUGGGGCAUGUGCAAAGCGGUUUUAUUUCAGCACAAAGUGUCCCCAGCACGAGGAGCAGCACGUGAGAGAGACGCCUUUCAUAAGAGGUGUGGACAGGGCCUCACGUGCCAAGGGCUGCCGUUUCAAUGUGUCCCAGAAGCCUUUUACCUGUGGGGAGGUUGGGCAGGACGUUCUCACCAGCUCAGGACAUAUCCAAGAGCACGCUACUCACACCACGGGUCGGCCAAGUGAAAUGUCAGCAUCUGGGGUUAUGCCAGUACUUUUGGAGGGAAUCACUUUCAAAGAUCUUGCAAAGGACUAUGUGUCCCUAGUGUCUACAAUUCCAUACGUGAUGGUCACUUGGGGUAGGACAAUAGGAGUUAGGGGAAAGCAUAAUUGCUACAGAAUCACACCUAAUAGGGAUUGUGCAUAAUUCUUUAUAUGGAGAUAUGUUUCUUUUACCCUUGUCAGUAACUCAUAAUGUAAUAUCUGAGUCAGAGGAUAGGUGAAUGUUUAACUUAAAGAAAUUGGGAAGUUGUGAUUUAAAGCAAUUGUACAUUUUUGCAUUCUUCCAGCAGUAUGUGAGGUAUUCAGUUCCUCCACAGCCUAGAGAAGAUUUGGUUUGGUCAUUCAUUCUUUAUGUAAACUUUUUUUAUAACUUUGUCAUGCUAUCGAACUGUUGUUUGAUUGCAUCUUUCUAAGUAAGGGUUUCUGGUGAGCCUUUUUUUCAGAUGUGCAUUUGCUAUCUAUUUGGUAAAAUGUCUGAGCAUAUGUUCUGCCAAAUCUAUGAAUUUUGGAAAUUUU